UGAAAACAAGGACAAGAUUGUAAUUGUCAUGGAAUACGCCAGUAAAGGCGAACUUUAUGACUACAUCAGUGAACGUCGACGUCUGACUGAGCGAGAAACCCGACACUUCUUCAGGCAGAUCGUCUCUGCUGUGCACUACUGCCACAAGAAUGGUGUUGUUCACCGGGACCUGAAACUGGAAAAUGUACUACUGGAUGAAAACUGUAACAUAAAGAUUGCUGAUUUUGGGCUGUCCAACCAGUAUCAUAAAGACAAACUUUUGCAGACCUUCUGUGGUAGUCCGCUGUACGCAUCCCCAGAGAUUGUCAAUGGAAGACCGUACUAUGGUCCAGAGGUAGACAGCUGGGCUCUGGGGGUGUUGCUGUAUACCUUGGUCUAUGGUAGUAUGCCAUUUGAUGGGGGAGACCACAAAAAUCUAAUUCGCCAAAUCAGCAAUGGAGAGUACAGAGAACCAACCCAGUCAUCAGAUGCUCGUGGUUUGAUCCGUUGGAUGCUGAUGGUCAACCCUGAGCGUCGAGCAACAGUCGAAGACAUCGCCAAUCAUUGGUGGGUAAAUUGGGGAUGGAAGACCAGUGUGUGUGACUGUGAAUCACAAAGGGAUGCUAGCUCACCCAUGCUGGCUCGUCUCAUUGACUGGCAGAACCGCACUGAACCUCGACCCACAAAAGCCAUCCGGUCUGAACCAUUCCUGCUUGUCUGCCAACGGCCCAAAAAGUCCAAGAAAGAAAAUGAUGUUGGAGUUUCCCUCUGUAAUGGUGAAGACAGUCUGGGCCUCAAGAGACCAAAGGGCAUCCUGAAGACAAGAACUUCUGAAGAGCAACAUUCUCCAAGUCUGGAGGAGAUAGAACUGAUAUCAGGAGCAGGAACCCCAGAGAAGGAAUCUGGGCCAGAAGCUAGUGAAGGCCAGGAGGAGCCAGCACUAACAGGCAAUCCUCCUUCCAAGGUGGUCUCCAUCCUUCCUAAGAAGGGAAUCCUAAAGAACAACCAACAACGUGAAUCAGGGUACUACUCUUCCCCAGAGCGCAGUGAGUCAUCUGACUUGCUAGGUGGCAACAUUACACCCCUUGCCACCAACUCCCCACCCAAACGAGUGGUUGGUAGGAAGGGCAUCUUGAAGCGCAAUGGCAAGUAUUCAACAUACAGUGGUGCUCCUCCCAUGAGUGUCCUUGGGGAACCAGCACCUGGCGAUUCUGGUUUAUCCCGCAGUCAGAGUCGCCCAUCCAGCAUUGUGAGGGAGGAUAGUGAUCCCAUCACCAACAGUUGCUUCAACGGCACUGACUGGCCCCCACCCACUACCCGGCCCAAGAUCAGAGGCUGUUUGUCUGCAGAAAACCUUCUCCAGCUGGCCAACUUUAAAGGGCUACAGGCGGCUCCACCCCUACACAGUGGGAAAUUCGGCAGAGAAAUGCAGCUCUCCCCUGGGGAUAAUAGCAGCUUCUCACUGCUAGGAGACCUGGAUGAUAUGACUCAGGUGUACCAACAAGCCCUAGACAUCAGCAACAACCUGUCAUAGGGAGAGGGGCCAAUUGAGAGGAUAGAAGGUGUCGCAAGUGAAAAAUGUUUGUUUGGCAUGUUGUUGACGACCAGUGUAAUACUGGGAAUCUAUGAAUGUGAGUCAUUUUUUCAAUGAGAUGGUAUUGGAGUUUGUAUACAACCUAACCAUUAUCCUAACUUUUAACCCUACCAAUCCCUACCCUAACCUUAGCCUUAACCCAACCCAAUGUCACAGUCAAAAUGUUUAUCAAAUACAACUAGGGGAAUUACAGCCUAGAUGUAUUUGGAGUGUUUGAAGUAAGUUAUAUUUAAGUUGGUACUCUGGGACAUUAUCCCCACACAAGCAAGAGAUGAAAUGUAAUGUUUACAUGAUAAAUACAAGGUGUGUUAGCAUUUCAGUCUGACAUCACUGAAUGGCAGUUUUGACAAAACAAAAGAGUCAACGUGAGUUUAUCAAGCACCUUAAAACUCUCACAAAGCACAUAUCGUUUGUGGUCUUUAUUUCCAAGAAGAAACCAGGGUCUUGCUCCAAAAGAACUGUUCUUGUCUAUUAUUUAUUAAUGAUUUUUGUAGGUUUAGUGAAAACUGGUGUGGUCUGGCAGUACUGGAAGAAUAAGAAAGUCAAAUCUCUAGUUUUCCUUGAUUGGAACUGACAUAUAUAAUUGUUAUUUUUCUGUUUGUUAUUGAUAUAUGAUUUAAACUGCAUAUGUAUCGAUCAAACUCAUAUUGAUCCUUUAAGUCUUAUCUAUGGAGCAUAUGUAAUUAUGUUGGAAGUGCCUUUUUUAAUUCAUAUUAAAUUAUGUAUGUCAUUUCCUUGAGGUGGUGAGGGCAACUAUUUUAUUUUUAUUUUAUUUUUUAGUUUGUACUGAAUGCUUAGAAGAGACCCAGGACCUCAGAGUGCCAAGUCUACCCUACAUGCUAAAGAGCUACCUAGGAUUAUCGUACCCGUUUCUCAAAAUUUGCCCAACCAAUGAUGAAAAGCCAGUGUUUACAGUGCAUUAUCGUGUAUUAUACAGUGCAUCAAAAGAUUAAAUUUGUUGGUCCUUGAUCAGACUCAAAGGGAGCUUGUAUCCAGAGCCCACUACAUCAUUUACACUGUAUGUGUGUACCGUUGUGUAAAUCAAGGUGCCAACAUCCCAGAUUGGUUGUUUCUGAUUUAGUCUUGACAGAAACAUGCAUGUAUGCACCAUGUGUUUCUCUGAAAUGGUACACUUGUGGUUUAUGGAUUGGAUUAGGUGACUGUUUAGGGUUUCUGGACACUUUCACCUUAACAAGGUCUAACACAAGAUAGAAAUCUCAAACACACUCUAAGCUCCCAAGAAUGUUCCAGGCAGAGACAAGCUUGUUUGGCUAUUUCCAUAAGUUUUGGCUUGUAGGAACAUAGUCUCUCCUGGUGUUUAUCUGUUGAUCCUUGGGUAUUUGAUUGCUUAGCUCUAAGAAUAACAGAUUAUUGGUUCUCUGUUGAACUUUGAUGCCCAAAACACCCCCGCUAGGGCUAAAAAAAACACAAGUAGACCGAUUAGUUUCAAAGCAGUGAUGAGCCAGCAAAUUCCAAAGGCUCUUUAGAGGCAUGUUUGGACUAGAUCUUAACAUCAUAACCCAGAGAGCUUCCCUGUGUCAUAGGUUUAAUGGCACAGAAGCUUUAUUGUCUCAGAAUCUUUGGUCUUUUGUGUCUUUGGUUUCAGUUGAAAGUACUGUAAGUAUAAUUAUAGUUUUAGGCUGUUGUCUAAAUGUUUUUAGAAGGUACGAGUGCAGUAGUUGUAGAACGAAGAGAUGUUUAACAAGAUAGAUUUGUGAAAGCUUUUAUGGAUGGAGGACACUUUUCCAGUUAGUGGGAUACAUACUUAGCAUCAUUCACUGGAAAAGAUGAAUGUAGCUUUUUAUUUUGCUGCAAGUAAAGAAAGACAAGUGUACGUGUAGUAAUAAGAGAGAUGAAGAAUGUAGGUUAAAGGAUAAGGAAAUUAUUUUGUACCAAAGAUGGUGAUUAUGGGUAAAGAUACACAAGUGAGAUGCAAAGGAGGAAGAUAGCUAAAUCGAUAAAUGGUUGGCAAUAUUAAUGAAAAACAAAUGUUUUCACCAAAAAAUUAAUAAAAAAUCUGUUAAAGACUGUGGGAUGCUUUUUGUUUGAAAGAGGUCCUGGGUAGAUAUUAUAGACACACCUAACGUGUAUCGUAUUGUACUGCAUUUCUGUAUUGCAUUGUAUUUUCAACUGGAUUCACAGUGAUCGAAUUAUACUAUGUUAGUAUUUUUAUGUUAUUGCGCUUCUGUUUUUGAUUAUCCAAAAUACUGUUGUUAUUGAUUUACAUUACCGAAGAAUGUUAAACGUAUAAUCAACAAUCUCUCCAGGUCUUGAGAGGUUUUCAGCACUAGGCGAACAUGCUGUGCUAAUGUCUAGCAUUUAGCUCAAACAGAUGAUCGACCACACUACUGCACAAAUUCCAUCAGGGUCAUUUGAUGCAAGCGUGUCACCAAAUUUCAGAAGCCGCCAGAGAGAACUGACUCAAUAUUUGGUGUCACGAAAUUCACUAUCAACGUUAUUUGUUGUAACACUUUAGGACAAGGUUGAGGAACCAAAUGUGCCAUUUGUUUUUACCAUAGUGCCAAUAUUUAGAGAGGCCAUUUCAAAUCAAAUGCAAAAAUGCUCUUAGCCAAACUUGAAAUACCUAGUGCAUAUUAAUUAGUCAGAAUUCAAGGUAGAGGAACAUUUGACUGGAUAUUGUUAUUGACAGUACUGAAAGUUGUAGUAUUAUGUUAUUUAUAUAUUAUUUUUAUAAUGGUUAAUUACUAUUGUUGGUCAAUGCCAUAAUCUUUUUUGGGGGUUUGGUAUCAGUUUAAAAAAAAUCCUGGACUGCCAAGGUAUUUUUCGUUCAGUGCCUUUGCAAUCUUUUAUGAUUUGUGUUUCAUUUUUGACAAUUAUAUAAUUACUAUUGCAUUUUUAUACUCUUAUUUAUUGGUGGUGAAGCCAUUUUAUUUCAUUUAAUACCAUUGCAUUCACAUUGUCUGAAAUAGUGUGUGUGAGUGUGUUUAGACAAACAAACAGAAGACAACUGGAAGAGCAGAAAGACAUAGAGUGCUUUGUGGUCAUGUUUUUGUGUUUUAAAGCUUUGAUUGUGUAUUCAGUUGCUAAGCGGCUUUGGUUUUUGUUUGGUGGAGAUAUCUCGCAAACCAGCAGUGUUUUGUACCACAAAUCCAAAUCUGUGUAAAACCAACUCAAUAAAUGGAUAAUAUUGAAGGAGUUGAUAGCUGUGUCAGCUUUAUUUAACAGUGGCUU